UUUCUUGAAUGCCAGUGCCAUGGAGUAAAUACAUGUUUUUACCUGUAGAUUCGUUUGAUUCAAUUCAGUAUAAUUGCGUAUACUAAUUUAGCGCAAGUUGUUAAUGAAACACUGAACACCUUGCUCCCUACCUGUCUGAUUUUAGAUAUAUGCUCUCAUCUUAGGACCUUCCGCAAGUGAGCAGUUGUGAGAGAUGGAUCCCAAGACGAAGUCUGAGCCGAUGCGCGUGCUGGUUACGGGCGGUUCUGGUUUGAUUGGGAAGGCUAUAGAGCAGGUGGUGAAGAACGAAGGUGGGUCUCUCGAGGGGGAGCAGUGGAUAUUUAUUUCCUCCAAAGAGGCCAACCUUGUAGAUCUUCAACAGACGAAAGCAGUGUUUGCGAAGUAUCGGCCCACCCAUGUAAUUCACCUGGCUGCCAAGGUGGGAGGACUUUACCUUCACAUGAAGGAGAACCUACACUUUCUGCGGGACAACCUUCGGAUUAAUGACAACGUCCUGCAGACAGCUCACGAAAUGAACGUCACCAAGGUGGUGUCUUGCCUGUCCAGCUGCAUCUUCCCGGACAAGACCACUUAUCCUAUUGAUGAGAGCAUGAUCCACAAUGGGCCUCCUCACAGCUCCAACUUCGGCUACUCAUAUGCCAAGAGAAUGAUUGACAUUCAGAACAGGGGGUACUUUGAGCAGUAUGGGCGUCGCUACACAGCCGUCAUCCCCACUAAUGUGUUUGGUCCUAAUGACAACUUCAACCUGGAAAAUGGACACGUGCUGUCAGCACUUAUGCAUAAGACCUACCUCGCCAAGAAGGAGGGAACAGCGCUGCAGGUUUGGGGGACUGGAACACCCAGGAGACAGUUCAUCUACUCUUUGGAUGCAGCACGUCUGUUAAUCUGGGUUCUACGGGAGUAUGAUGAGAUUGAACCAAUCAUUCUUUCUGUGGAUGAAGAGGAGGAGCUUCCCAUCAAGGACGCUGUGAAGAUGAUUGCAGAUGCCCUGGACUUCAAAGGUCCAAUAGAAUUCGACACCAGCAAGUCUGAUGGUCAGAUGAAGAAGACAGCCAGCAACCGGAAGCUGCGACACUACCGACCCGACAUCACCUUUACACCCCUCUCUGAAGGUAUCACGAAGACGUGUGAGUGGUUUGUGAAGAACUACGACAUCGCCCGAACAUGAUGACCCCAGCACUGAUUGGCUAAUGCUAUGUUUCAGAACUACCACUGGUGGCCUUUGGACGGGAAGGUUCUGGGUGUUAAUCGCAUAAUAUUCCUCUCUGGGUUGUACUUCACCUGUCUGAUUUUUAAAUGUCAUUUUACAAUGAAAACAAAAGGGAAAAACUGAAUGUUUACAGUUCUGAUUCCUUGAUUAUUAAUAUAAUAGAUUUUUCUUCUUUUAAAAUAAGUGUUGGAUUUCCUUCAACAGUUAUGAUAGAAACAAAUAAACACAAGUGCCUUGGAAUAUGUUCAAGGAGCAUUGGUGAGACAUGUUUUUGAAAAAUAAAAUAAUUUAGCUUUAUUUAUACUGAGAAAUAAAAUAAGACCAUAAAAUAAACACAUGGAUUAAUUUGAUAUGUGGUGAUGAUUUAAAUAUCUAAAAUAAAAUCAGUUUUACACGAUUCAUGAAUAUGUAAGAAAAAAGUAUAGUGCGCUCAACACAUUUGCCAGUGUUAGAUUUGUCAGCAACUGUACCAAAGCAAGUGAUAAAUGUCCUAGCGUAUGUUCUAGUUUGUUGUACUUUUACUUUUAUGUGUGCUGGUCAUUGAUUGGUUGUAGUUCUUAUUGCUCAAAUGUAAUACAUUUGAUUGCAUUGGAAAUAAACACAAUGGCAACACA